AUGCAGUCACUGGAGAAUCAGGCGCGUAGCUUCUUUCUACAGUGUCGUGCACGAGCAUGGCGAGCGGGUCAGCGCUCUCGUUCGCGACUAUACGGUCCUCAGCAUUCUUCGAGUAGCUCUCAAGCUCGAACACUUGCAUCUGGACACCGCACGAGAGGACCAAGUCCUCCAGCUCCCAAGCCUUUCUACUCCACUACACCGAUAUACUAUGUCAAUUCCUCCCCUCAUGCCGGCCACUUAUAUUCGAUGGUCCUGGCGGAUGUCCUGAAACGGUGGCACCAGCUAAAGAACGAGCCUGCACAGAUGCUCACGGGUACGGAUGAGCAUGGUAUCAAGGUUCAAAGGGCCGCUGAAGAGGCUGGAGCAGAUACAUAUGCGUUCUGCACACAGCAUGCGGAACAAUUCCAGAGCCUGGCCGACACUGCGAACAUCUCGUAUGAUCGAUUCUUCCGCACCACCGAUGCAGACCACAAGGAGGCAGUGGCUCAUUUCUGGCGAGAACUCAACCGUCAAGGGUACAUCUACGAAGCGAAGCAUGAAGGCUGGUACUGUGUCAGCGACGAGACAUUCUAUCCUGAGUCGCAGGUGCACAUGGUGCUCGAGCCCUCAAGUGGUGAGAAGAUAAUGGCUUCUGUUGAGACUGGAAAAGAGGUGGUGUGGACUUCAGAGAUCAACUAUCACUUCAGGUUGUCAGACUUCCGAGACCGCUUGCUCGAGCACUAUGAGUCCAACCCGAAAUUCAUAAUACCGCGGCAACGUAUGAACUUCAUUAUCAAGGAAGUCGAAAGUGGCCUCUCUGACUUGUCCAUCUCGCGCCCGAAGGAGAGAUUAUCGUGGGGGAUUCCAGUCCCCGACGAUCCGUCACAGACAAUAUACGUUUGGUUUGAUGCUCUCAUCAACUACAUCACCCAUACCGGCUACCCGUACACAGCUCCUGGCGAACCCAGCAUAUGGCCUGCGGACGUUCAGGUCAUCGGUAAAGAUAUCAUUCGAUUCCAUACCAUUUAUUGGCCCGCUUUCCUGAUGGCUCUCAAUCUGCCGGUUCCUCGGCAAUUCCUUUCCCAUGCGCAUUGGACGAUGAACACACAGAAAAUGUCAAAGUCUGUAGGCAAUGUGGUCAAUCCAUUUGGAGCGAUGAAGCGUUUUGGGGUCGAUGCCAUUCGCUACUAUAUGGUUCGCGAUGGUGGUCUCGCCGACGAUGCGCCCUACGAGAACAUGUAUAUUGUACGCCGCUACAAGUCCGAACUACAAGGACAACUUGGCAACUUGUUAAACCGAAUCUCGCGAACCAAGUUCUGGGACGUCGGCGAAUGCAUACAGCAAUGCUCAGAAGAGGUUCGUUCGCCUCCGAAUAAUGUUUCAACAUAUCUUGAGGGCUUUCAAGCCGUUCAGCGAUUCAAUACGGACAUUGUGUUGAAGUCGGACGAAGCCAUGCGAGAGCUGAACAUGCGUCAGGCGACAGACGCCAUCUUCAGUAUUAUUGAUCAGGCCAAUCAUCGCUUUCACCAAGCAGAACCAUGGAGGAAAGUCAAAGAGAGGGACGAGGCGAGUCAGCUGGCCACGAGGUGGGCAGUCUUCGAGGCUGCCGACUCUCUUCGUGUCGCUGCGAUUCUGCUGCAGCCUUUUAUGCCAGCCAAAAUGACCCAGGCUUUGGACAUGCUUGGUGUGCCACCUGAGCAGCGACACUGGCAUGCGGAACUUGCGAACAAAGUACCGGUCUACGGCAAACCAUUCUUUGAUCUCGAAAAGGGAGAGAGGCGGCCAGAACAGACUCUGUUUCCUCCUUUGCUGUCUGAGAACUGA